AUGUCUGUGCUAGGCGCCAUAACGUCUGAGGUCCACGACAACGUGUCAGCAGGAAUCCACCCGUCGGUGCUGGCGCUUGUGGAUGCUUUCCUUGCGUAUUUGAAGGAACCCAGGUACCUGAACCCGCUAGGGUUAUCCGAUUUGGGCCUGUUAUUUGCCAACUUUUAUGCUGACCUCAAUUCCUUGGUCAUAUACAUAUAUACCCAGCUGAACCUGAACAAACGCCAGCUUUUGGCCAACCUGACGCUUUUCCAGAACGACUCCAAGACUUUUGAUUACUUGGUGGCCUUGGCGAACUACUCCCCGCUGUCUAUCAAGCGAGUCCGUCGCUCUGAUCCUCAUGCUUUAUUCCAACUAAGGGUUUUCGCUUACUAUAAGUUUAUUACCAUUGUGGAUACCAUUGAAAGGGCCCAGUAUGAUCUUUUUAACUCGAGUAGUCCGGGCGAUAAGCUGACCUUGUUCGAUAAGAUCUUCCGUUUUGACGAGAAGGAUAUUCGGGCUCAGCAGCUCUGGACCGAGAAGAUCAAGCUCCUCAAGAACUUGAAUUUACCGUUGAGCUCCUUUUGUGAGUCCCACAAUAAGGAUGAAAGCGCCAAGUUGGACGAGUACUUCCUCACCUUGGACGCCUCCGAAAGCCUCACUUUGCAUGAUAUCAAGAAGAACUUUAAACUCCUCAACCUUGUGAAAACCCCUUCCACGAAACUCAAAUACUUGGUCAACACUCAGAAGUUAAUUGUUCGUCUUUUGUCAAACUUUUACAAUGAUCCUACCAAGGUUAACAACGACAUCUUACUCCCUGCCCUCAUUUAUAUCAUCAUUUACCACCUCCCUGAAGAUGUCCCCGAGAUCCCUGAAAUCGAUAGCCCUCCUGAAUCUUACGACUUAUACCUUAACCUCACGUUUAUCAAGAAUUUCCUCAACGUUAUUGACGCGUAUAAGGUUGACGUGACCACCUUCACCCUCAACACCUCCUUGAGUUCCUACAAACCUACUGGCAAGAAGCGUCCCUUCUCCCGCGGCGAACGCAAGAAUUCCAGCUCCAACCUUUACGAUCUUAUCAACUUGAAGGAGGCAAGCGAGAAUGAAUCCCCCCUUUCGGAUGACAGUGAUCCUAUCUACGCGACUGCAGACCUUCAAUCCGAUAAGUCCUUGAUUGAGCACAUUCAGAAGAACUAUUUGAACUUUGGCGAGUUGCAGUAUUACCUUACCAACUUUGAAGCAGUCAUUUACUUCUUGCUGAACUCUACGCUUGAUGAGAUCGUACCAGAAGGUUUCCUGAUCCCGGAGUCUUUCAAGCAGAGUGAGUUGGUCAACAAACCUUUGCACAAGAUACUUGAUGACGAGUUAGGGCCUGUUCCUUCUAUCGUGAAGACUGAAGUUGACGAGGAACAACUUUCCAAGACCCUUGACGAGGAACUUGAUAUCAACAGAUCGCGCUCUGGCUCGUUGUUCAAUACCAUCUCUACUGCUGUCCAAUCUUCGGUUAACCGUUCACGCUCGAACUCAGGAGCCAUUAAGAGUGGUAAGGAUAAUGUUGUUCAUGGCGACUUUGAAUCAUCGAUUUACGGAGCACCGUUUUCGAACAACGAAGCAUACGGAUUUACCCGUAUGCGGAAUAUAUUGGGCAAACUUGGCUCUUCUGCUAUCCAAUUCCGCCAGGGGUUAGAAGAAGAGUUGAACCUGGGUGCCUUUGCUGGCUCAGACCUCCAGGUUAAUGAAACUAGACAGAAGCGAGCCAGUACCCUUUUAGACAAGAUUUCGCCAAACCAGUCGAGAACAAGGUCGGAAUCACUCGAUGCCACUGGUGGAUCUUCAAACAACACCAUUCAUACGCAUUCCCGCAAGCCAACAUUUUCCCUGAAGUUUUCGACAGCUGCCUCAGAAUUUAUGACUAAGUUCAGCGCUGCCGCUAACAAUCCCUCGGGACAUGUCCAGGCGACUAACCCAGGGCAUGUUUCAAACCUUUCCUUGCAUUCCUUUGACGAACAGUCACCCUUUGAGGAGUCCAGGCCUGCUAUUGGUGAACGUACUUCCAGUCUUCACACUAUGGAUAGAUGGUUUAACAACUUUGCCAAUGAUGAGAAUGGUGGAGCUGUUCAUGAAAAUACCACACUGAACCACCAGUCUUCUAGCAGUGCCGCAAGCAAUGCUUUUACCAACAAUGAAGAUUCGGUGUUUAGCUCUACUGCGGAAGAAUUGACGAAGUUCCAACACAGCGAUUUUGAUUCCUUGACUAUUCAGGACUUGAAGCUCAUGAAGAAUUACUACGAUCAGUUAUGUUCCGAGUAUAUUGCUACCAAGACGGAUUCAAAAACCAGCAAUGAAUAUCUCCCCUUGGAUACCAAAGAUCAGCCCAGCAUCUAA